AUGGUAGAAAAGGUCCCUAACGAUUCUGAUUUGUUGUCAACAGGAAACGUCUCCCGUCACAAAACGACGGAGAAUGGGAUUAAGGGGAGGCCGCCGUACUCAGUGGAAACACCUUAUGGAUUCCAAAUUGAUCUGGACUUCCUCAAGUAUGUAGAUGACAUAGAAAAAGGAAACACCAUCAAGAGAAUUCCCAUUCAGCGUAGAAGCAAAGGGACCCGAGCCAGCACGCUACCCAAGCACCUCAACCCGUCCGCCUGUGCUUACCGCCCAAGCCCAUGGGGGUCCACAGGGGCUCUUGGCCCCUGGUCCCGGCUGUCAGACACCCAUCAACAUGGAAGCACGUCUUGGUCGUACAAUCACAGGCAGCCCCUCUCUCCCACAGGCCUCAAAUCUCUGGCAGAGAUGGAGGCACGAAUCAAGGAGUUCGACGAGCAGCCCCUCGGAGAGCACAUCAGGCCUCACCUCCUUCGCGCUUCCAGUUUGCCGCUCACAGUGUUACUGAGGCAGGAGUCCGAGUCCACAGAUGACCGAAGCAGCCUCCGGAGUUCAAGAGAUCAGCUCGGGGGAGUGAACACCUCGUACGAAGACGUCUUCCGUUCUCUGGACAGCCCUCGGCCACAGGACUGCUCGGGACUGAUGAGACGCCUGACCGAGGCCCUGGAACGUGUGGGGGAGCUGGAGAUGGAGGUGAGGGUCAUUCCCGAGCUCAGGGCACAGGUCUGCAUCCUCGAGGAGGAGAGGGAGAGGCUCUGCCUGGGCCUGGUCCCACACACCUCAGCCUCCGCCAUGAAUGGAACCACAGAGCCCUCAGCCUCCUCUCCAUACGGCAAAGCAGACGUCAGAAGGCCUCAAAGUGAGAGCCGCCACGGGUUUCCUCGAAAUCCUGCCCUCACCCGGGCCGAUUCAAAUCCCGGGCACGAGUGGAAGAGCAGCACCGACCUGGACGAGCUGCUGACCGUAACGUCCCUUCAGGCCAAAGUGGCGGCCCUGGAGCAGAAGCUCCACGAGACCGGCCUGGACCUCCAGAGGGUGGUGGGGCUGCUGAGGGAGCAGCAGGAGGAGAGCAGGAGGAAAGACGAGAAGAUAGAGCACCUCGUCAAGAACCCGGGGGUGUGGGUCCGCGCGGAGAGGGUGCUGGUGGAACAGGACGGGGACCAGACCGUGGUGCGAUCCAUCGAGCCAGAUCGCAACAAAGCCUCCUCCUUCGUUUGCUCAAGGACCGUCACCACCAAUCCCCAAAGCCACCGACAACAAGGCCCAACAUCCGAAAGGGGUCCACUUACGGAAGCCGGCGGAGCUUUAGGAGACACGGCAAUGGUCGUUCACCACAUUAAGAAGAUCAAGAGUCUCCUGGAUCAGCAAUGGGAAUGUGUGUGCGGGGAGACUCAGUCAGGUAAAGAAGGGAGACCUUUGAAUCACCCAGAUCCCAAAGUGGGCUCCUUACAGCGGGAGAUGAUGGAACUGGUCGACUUUCUCAUGUCCUACUACGAACAGAACGCACACAGUGAAGGCUCUAAAUCCACCCUGAAGACGGAUGGAUGUCCCCCGAGGCCCAAAAACCUGCACUCUGAGGCUGCUAAUGAUGGAUCCAAAACGCCCACAGGUGGAAAUUGCGUGAACCAUCGAAGGGAGGACAGCACCGCUUCUGGGUGGAGGGACGCUGCCCAGGUGGCAGCAGAACCUGUGAGGGGAGGGCUGGAGGGAGAGAGGAGCACGGGAACAGACACACACACGACGCCGUCGGGAAUGCGACCGGGGCGAACAGAUGGAGGUUUGGAGCCUCUUGAGGCUGAGGCUCCGGGGAGAAAAGUCCAAACGAAACCCCCCCGAGAACAGAUGGAGGGAAAUUCUGGCUCAGAAACCAGCGGCAGGGACACGGUGAGUGCGGAUUUUCUGUCCGCCUGCCAUUUCCUCAAAGAUCACAUGGACAACAUGCACAACCCCAGUGAGGACAUGAAAAAGGCCCUGGUCGUGUUGUUCCAGCACUGGUUCGGCGCCGCCGCGGAGGAGGGGUCCGAGGCCCGAGGCGUGGCCUCGCACCUGAAGGAGGUCAAGGCGGCGACGCCCUCGCUGCUGGCCUUCGUGGUCAACCUGGCGGACGACAACGGCAACACGGUGCUGCACUACAGCGUCUCCCACUGCAACUACGCCAUCGUGGGCCUGCUGCUGCAGACAGGGGUCAGCGACGUCAACGUCCAGAACAAUGCCGGCUACACGGCGGUGAUGCUGGCCUCACUGACGGCCCCAGAAGGACCGGGAGAGAUGGAAGUGACGGGUCAAACGGCUCUGCACCUGGCGGUGAGACAUGGUCGGGUGGUUAUGGUCCGUCUGUUGCUGAGCUGCGGGGCAGACGCCAACGUCCAGGACAGCCAGGGGACCACGGCCCUCAUGUUUGCCUCCGAGCGGGGCCACACGCACAUCGCGAGGCUGCUGCUGGAGAGAAGCCAGUGCGACCUGACGCUUGCCGACAAGCGGGGUCAGACUGCGCUCUCCAUAGCCACCAAAGGUUCCCACACCGACACGGCCGCCCUGCUGCAGGCCCACGCCAAAGCUCGGGCUCUCUGA